AUGCCGAGUGCCAUCCCGUUUGCACCCACGGGACACAGUGCAGUGCCUGACAGUGGGGACCGUCCAAACGUCCACCCGCGGAUCAGCGGUACACGCAACGUGGUCCACCCAGCCAUCGGCCGCCAGCAGGAGCGAGGCCCUGGGGACGAUGAUGAGGCCACAGUGCCCGGGGAGGAAACCAGACACAGGAAGCCACACAGGGUGGGAGUCCACCCCCGUAACUCCCUUCCCUGUGACCCUUGGGACCUCAGCAGGGAUGAGGGAAGAGCGCGGCUGGGCUGGUCUCCCUUCGGACCCGGGAAGCCCCCGCACCCCGUCGCCUUUGGUCCGGGGCACCUCCCACCGCCGCGGGAUCUCGCAGAUGCGGCUCCAGCUGGAGGCCCGACCCGGGGCGGCCCGGCGCUCACGCUGCGCGUUCGAGCCCUGCGCGGACUGGGGCCCCGACUUCGCCUCCCGGAGCACGGGUCCCCCGGGAAGGCAGGGGGAGGGACGACGAUGCCGGGGGCGGGGCCUCGAGCGCCGGGGCGGGGCGAACCCGCGGGGAGAGCCCGCGGCGCCCUCGAGCGGGGCGCCCUCUGGUGGCCGCCGCGCGUCACUGCGGCCGCCGCGGGCGCCGCCGGGAUCCGGCUCCCUGCAGCCCGGCCUCCCGGUCUUGAAAGCUGCAGGUGUGUGGGCGCUGCCCCGCCGCCCGGGAGUGACUCGGAGGUCGGCCGGGUGGAGGACGCCUUCUGGCACCGCCGCCCCAGCGGACGCCCUUCUCGUCUCUCCCUCCUCCGCUCCCGCCCGCCCCCUUCGUCCCGCGGCAGGUGUGCGCGGCCGGGGGCGUCCCCGCGUCCUUCCCCGAUGCCGGCGCGGGCGAUCCCCUCCGAAGCCUCGCGUCCGGUCGGGCUGCCCGGGCGCUCACAGUCCGUGAGAUACCGGCAAGUUGUCCUCCACACCCGGCCCGAGUCCCUCCGCGUGGACAGGAGAUGA